CUUUUCUCUUUCAUUUUCUUUUUUGCCUCACCCGCUUCUUUCUUUCCAACACAUACCUUUUGAGCUGCCUCUUGUACUUUCAAACGUUUCCACUAUUUCAUUAUUAUUUCAUUAUUUCGCAAAAAGGAAUUUGUAUUUUCCUUGUCGCAAGAGAUUGCGCAAUUCCCCCCUAACUCCAGCUUUUGCUUCUAGUUUCCAAAGCGACGGCAGCACGUCUCCCUGAGAACGGACUAUGAGCGGCUACACGCAAAGGCCGGGUAUAUUCUACGACCAGCGGGCAACAGGCAGCGGCAGCGAGAGCGAAAAAUUUGGCAGGCAGCACCUGGCGCAGCGGCCCUCGGGAUUCAGCGCAUAUCCACUCGCGUCCCGCGACCCCGACAGCCCGAUCGAGUAUCUGAGCACGCAGCCGCAACGCACGCGGUGGCCGCACAAUCAUCAUUGCAUUGACGCUUAUCGCGCAUUCACCAAGCUCUACCGCAUCGGGCGGCGCGACAACGUGAGCUGGGACGAGGCGCAUUUCGGCAAGUUCGGCGCGUACUACCUCAACCGCACGUUCUACCAUGACGUGCACCCGCCACUGGCCAAGAUGCUUGUGGGACUGUCAGAGCUGAUGGCCGGCCAUAACGGCACGUUUAACUUUAAGGGCGGCCACACGUACCCUGCCUAUGUCAACUACAAUGCCGUGAGCUUUGCCGCCAUGGCCGCCUUGUUUGUCACGUUUGACAAUGCCAUCUGCGUAAUGAGCCGCUUUAUUCUGCUGGACGCGCCCCUGUUGGGCUUCACAGCGCUGGCAGCAACCAUGCUAUCGUGCUUCUACCGGCAGCGCGCGCACCCCUUCAGCGAGAAAUGGUGGCAGUACCUUUUGCUCCUUGGAGUGUCGCUCGGACUGGUGGCGAGCGCCAAAUGGGUGGGGCUCUUCGCCCUUUACGAGAUGUUCUGCAACACACGGAUGUCCAUGCGCACCUAUCUGCACCACUGGGCCGCCCGUGGCGUGGCACUGAUUGUCAUCCCGAUGUGUAUCUACAUGUUCUGCUUCAAGCUGCACUUCCUUAUUCUCGAUCGCUACGACAGCUCGGCUAACUUUAUGCCCAUGGGGUUCCAGGUGCGCCUGAGAGGCAACCCUCUUGGCCGCCAGGCAUACGACAUACAGACCGGGUCGAUGGUGCGCUUGCAGUCCCAUUUGGCUGGCGCCGGGUACCUGCACUCCCACUCGCAUAACUAUCCGACCGGGUCGCAGCGCCAGCAGGUGACUGGGUAUGGACUGAGCAAUGUCAGUGCCGAGGCCAGCCCCAUCGAUGGGUUCAUUGGCCACGGCGACCUUGUGGCCCUGCUGCACAACAGCACGGCUUCCUACCUGUACACUGAGCCCGGGUAUUCCGCACCUGUGACGUCGAAAUACUCAGAGAUCAGCGUGGUGUCCAACACGAGCUCCGAGGCGACGCACCAGAACAUUCUGUGGGUUGUAGAGAUUGUCAAGCCCGAGAAGCGCAUGGCCGACGGGCGCAUCCACCCGCUGGGCACGCCGAUCCGGCUGCGCAACCUUGUGUCCAACUGCCUGCUCCUGACCACCGGCGACCAACUGGACAAGGACUGGGGCUGGGGCCAAUCCGAAAUGGCCUGCGACAGCAACACGCCCGUUUCCGCGGACUCUGCCCUGCACCUGUGGACCAUCGAACGACAUGUCAACAAGGCGCUGCCCAAGACCAACCUUGGCCGCCACAUGUCGUCCUCCUUUUUGCGCGAUUUCGGCGUUCUUAAUCGCCAAAUGUGGUUGACCAACAACGCGCUGAUCCCCGAUCACGACAAACACAACGUUUUAGAGAGCGACCCCAUUUCCUGGCCCUUCCUCGUCUACCCUAUGCGUAUGGUGGGCUGGGAUGACCGCAGCAUCAAGUACCUGGAGGUUGGCAACCCUCUCCUGUGGUGGGGCUCCGCCCUCGCCUGCCUUGUUUUCCCGCUGCAGCUUUUCUACUGGCUGUGUGCGUGGCGUCGAGGCAUCACCGCUGCGAAAUGGCGCUCGGGCGAGUUCCGCGAUUACAUCGACGGCGCCCUUAUUCUGUGGGGCGGCUGGGCAUUCCAUUAUCUGCCUUUCUUUUUGAUGGGCCGCGUCACGUACUUGCAUCAUUACUUGCCUGCCUUGUACUUUGCCAUAUUGUUUUUGGCGUACCAGGUGUACCAUUUUUCUGCAUGUACCCGGAGGUUGUUGUUUGUUGCUACCGGCGCUGUUGCGUUUGUCUUUUGGUGGUUUUCGCCGCUGACUUUUGGCUGGGACAAGCCUAUUAAGGACCUAUGGGGAAUGAGGUGGGCCUCAUCAUGGCCUGUAUACGAGGAUCCGUUUGAUUUCUGAAAUGUAAAGGAUAUUGAUUUUUAUAGAAUUUAAAUAUUUGAUUUUUUUAAAAAAAUCAAA